AUGCAAAGGUCAAAUGAAAGUCACCAACCUACGUCAUCUCCUUCGGCUUUCAGCCUCAAGGUCAUCCAUACACCAUCGUCAUUGGCCUUCGGCCUCAAGGUCAUCCCAAGCCAGAAAGUGGAGGGGGGAGACUCAGAGACCGCUAAAACACCCUACUCAUACUGCAACAACAAAGGUGAAUUGAGGAUUGCAAACAUCUCGACCGGAAGAUAUUUAAAAUAUGUUUGUAGAAUCGGGGGAAAUAUUUUAAGUAUUGCGUUCGAUACAAACGGCAAAUUUUUAUGGGCAGGGAACGAUAGGGGCGAGAUCGUUUCGGUGUUUUGCGAACUUAACGAGGCGCUCUGUAAAAUGAAGAAGUUCUCGCUUGCCUCUCAUUGUUCUAUAACGAGUUUAAGCUAUCGUGCUUGGAUAAGCAGAGAGGCAAGGGACCCUUUACUUCUGGUCAAUGCCACCGAUAAUUCUAUGUAUUUGUUAAGCAUUACAGAUUGCGAAGGCGGCCUGCAGUUAAAGAGAAAAUUCCAAAACCGGCAUCAGAAGCACAUAGUGAGAUCGACGUUUUGCCCCAUCAUGUCCUUCAGGCAAGGGGCGUGUGUUGUUACAGGAAGUGAAGACGGAAGUAUUUAUUUUGUCGAUAUCGAAAAAAUGGGGAACAGAUCCGUGGUGAAUACCCUGCAAGGGCAUUCGAGUUCUGUGUUAAGUAUCAGCUUCAAUUACGACGAAUCGUUCCUCGCCACGAGCGACUUGCAGGGUCUCGUUAUUAUUUGGAAGAAGGGGAAUAUGUCUCAAUAAUUUUGCUAAAAAUUACUUUAAGCCGAUGCUUUCUAAUGUUACGUAUACAUACAUUUUUAUUCUUU